GGUGCUAAGAGUUGCCAUCACAGCUCCAGUGCUGCUGGGCUCCUAAGGCUCUUACUUUGUGUUUCUUGAGCAGGAGAGCCGAGAGCUUGAGGCUAGUGAUGUAGCCUCGGUUGUCUCCCACGAUGAUGGGUAGAGACAGGGUUAAACUCAACAUGAGUCAGCUUGGCCUUCUUCUCUGCCACCACCGGCUGCUGACAGAUGGCCUCAUAUUUGUUGACACUAAGGUCAAAUGUGGACCUGAUAAAAAGCAAAGGAUUGAUAGAAAUAGUCAGGGAAUUGUCAUCUUAUACAAAUGCAAGGGGAAUUCAUCGGUCAAAUCUCGAAAGCAAUACAAUGUGGGAUGAUGGAAAUCAAAGCCGACACAUGAUUGACCCUGCUGCUGUUUGGAAUGAGUGUUGUAGCUGACAGUUCAUACAGUUGUUUAUAGAAAAAUGAGAUAUUCUCUUAAUAAAUGGAGUUGAGCAUGUUGUUCGACCCUUACCUACUCCAGCUGGUAACCUCAGUGACAAACCAAUUCAGCAAGGCAAGAGAGAGAGAGAGAGAGAAAGAUUAUCAGUGGGAAUGCAACUCGGACCAUCUGGUGUGUGUUCCAGUCAGAGUCUACACAACUCUGAGGGUGUGUGCGUGCCUUAUUAUUCAAGUGACCCUGACAGGAAGAGCUUGCCUUUUCAGUCGAUACCCUAGGAUCCUGGCAUUUAGUAUCGCUGCAGAUUAUUAGGCCAAUUACACAUACACUCACACACACCCCUUGCGCUUAGUCACCAGAGCCUCGUCAGCCCAGCCGGGCAGCUGCACUAUUCCCGGUAGGUUAUGCAAAAAACAACAACAACAGCAAACACCAUGUCAGUGUAGUGAUCAUUUUGGUCAUUAGCAGCAGUGACAAAGCAAGCAGCCCACACAGCCAGCGGUGACAUUCUAAAGGAGGGAUGUGGCUGACCUCAUGGCUUGCCGUCACUCAUGCAAGGAAUUGGUCAUCUCAAUUAGAUAAUAUUGAAUUUGUAUUUUCUAGAUAAAUGUGUUGAGAAUUAGUCCAGAUCUUCUACUGCAUCCUGUCAUUUUCAGUGAACCAUGUCAUACCCGGUCCUGGAGGACUGGAGUAAAAGACCCAGUGUUCAGCCAUAUCAGACAGCACCAGUGUUUUCUCAGUCUGUGUGCAAAGUGAGGGAGCAGAUGUUUCAUAGCGCUUCGUCACAUAUACAUUGGCUGUCACCUCUUAGCCAUAUGAAAGUAAUUGUUUUAGACAUAUUUUCGGAAUAAAUUAAGACAGACAGAAAGAGGACAUGCCUUGAUCUCUCUGCCUAAAUUUGGUGACUUACCUUGCCACCAGUGGUAACUGCAGUGGAGAUAGUGGAGGAGCAAAGAGACCAUCUCCCACGUCCGCAUUCAGGUCAAAAGUGAACUUUGGGGUCCUACAGAGACAGCGUCACUGAAGUAAAAGGACUCGGUAAUGGAUACAAACACUAACACUAUAAAACCAAGAUUGCCAGAGAAUUUAAUGUUAAUUUCUCUACCAUAAAACGCCUGCAGAAUUUGGCAGUAAGUCCAACCGGCCUCACAACUGCAGACUCCCAGUUGGUGGGCCUAUGCCCUCUCAGGCCCAUCCAUGGCUGCACCCCUGCCCAGUCAGGUAAAAUCCAUAGAUUAGGGCCUAUUAAUUUAUUUCAAUUGACUGAUUUCCUUCUAUGAACUGUAACUCAGUAACAUCUUUUAAAUUGUUGCAUUUUGAGUUUUUUUCCCUUCAGUAUAAAGUGGAUAGACAAAUAGCACAUGCAGCCAAUGAAAGACGUGUGGAUUCAAGGGGGUGUGGAGGCAGCUGACAGAUUUCAGUAGUUUCUCACAGGCCGCCAGGCUUCAGCCCUGAUUAUGUAACCUACUUCUGACAUUUUGUGACUCAGGCUAGAUCAUAUCUGUGACUUAUCACUCAUCACUCACAGCUCAUUCAGAUAGAUGGCGUUACAAGGACUUGUAUCAAAAGGAGAAAAUAGUGCCAACCUAAUCAAUCCACAUGAUCCAAUUCAAAUUGCCAUUUAAGUGUGCAGACGGACUACUGUUAAAAAAUGAAGAGCUGGUUGAAGUGAAUAACUGGCUCCUUUACCAUGCCCCCUAAACAAUGUAGAAUACACAGUAUUCAUGUUUUUCAGAGGUUUCUGUUGUUUUCAAAGCCCUUUCAACCUGUUUGAAGAUGUGAUAUUAUUACUAGGUUUUAUGGCAGAUUGGGGGUAGGGGCUAAACUAAUGAUUGUGAAGUGAAACUUACAAGUAGACCAACAGUCUGCCCCAACACAAAAGACCAAUGCAGGCAUAGUCAAUAUCUCAGUGGUAACAAUCAACACAAUGAACACAGUCUUGACAAGACUGAAGUCAGUUGAGAACCAGUUGAAAAGCACUGAACACGUCUGUGUUUUUGAUGUGUUCAAGCCAUCUGCUGGUAGUUCUGUGUAUAGCCAUAAACAUUGGCUUGAUGAGAGAGAGCCAAGCAAAGUUUUCAUGGAAAGUUGACUGUAGAUACCUGACUUUAGUCAGCAAAGUAUUUAAUUAUAACUGAUAUAACUAUCUAAUUGGGUUUGUCAAAUUAACUGACAGGCAAAUUAUAUUGAAAGGGGGUGAGGAAUGUGAUGAAUAUGGUUGGACAUCUUGGAAUAAUUUUCACAGUUUGUAAAGUAAUAGUUGGGUGAAAGAUGAAGCAAGAUCUAGGGUUCAUUUGGACAAUGUUGGGCUGUCAUCUUAGAAUAAAAGGAUCCCAGAUCUGUUUGUGUUGUCUUGCCAACUCCUAUGGUCAUCUUCACAUGAUCUGGGACCAGGUCAGAGCUGCAGGAAAUGAAGACCUUGGGGUGGAAGUGGUUCCUCUUAACUGCUUCCACCGCAAUGUUGUGGGCAUUAUAGGUUUCCAGGAACUGGCUGAAGUAGGCCUUGGAGCACUGGAAAAGACACAGCAAUAUUGUAGAUUUAUUAGGAUCCCCAUUAGCCGACGCCAAUGGCGACAGCUAGUCUGUCUUACUGGGGUCAACAAAACGAAUAAGACAUUAGACAAAAUAAUUUACAUACAUUUAAAUUGGCUCCAAUUAGGCGCCGUACACAGGGUAUGGAAUGGCGUUGCAAAAUGGAGUGAGUGAUAUCCUUCCUUCUUCAAUAUCCCUUUUACCCUGUACAAAUCUCCCACUUUACCACCACCAAAGCACCCCCAGACCAUCAUUGUCUCCACCAUGCUUGACAGAUGGUGUCAAGCACUCCUCCAGCAUCUUUAUAUUUUUUCUGCGUCUGCAUUUGUGAUAUGAACACCUCAAACUUAGAUUCGUCUGUCCAUAACACUUUUUUCCAAUCUUCCUCUGUCCAGUGUCUGUGUUGUUUUGCCCAUCUUAAUCUUUUAUUUUUAUUGCCCAGUCUGAGAUACGUCUUUCUCUUUGCAACUCUGCCUAUAGAAGGCCAGCAUCCCGGAGUCGCCUCUUCACUGUUGACGUUGAGACUGGUGUUUUGCAGCAGGACCCAGCAGCAUCCGACACCUCUGAGGCCGAUUCUGACACUAGAGAAGGUGAAACGGUGGCCAUGAACUACAAGCCCUCACCACUGCAAAUGAAAAUAGAGAAACAGAGAGAGCUGGCCAGGAAGGGAUCAGUAAAGAAUAGCCCUGUCAACCACCAACCUAAGAAGAACAACAGCAUGGCCAGAACACGUUUGGUGGUGCCAAACAAAGGCUACUCCUCUUUAGACCAGACCAGCCCGGAUGAGAAGCCCCUGGUAACGCUGGACACAGACAGUGAUGAUGACUUUGACAUGUCCAGAUACUCUUCGUCUGGAUACUCCUCAGCCGAGGUGAGAUGUCUGAGGGACCAGCAGAUCAACCAGGAUCUCAACAUCCAGCUUCUGAAGGACGGUUACCGGCUGGACGAAAUCCCUGACGACGAGGAUCUGGAUCUGAUCCCGCCCAAAUCAGUCAACCACACGUGCAUAUGCUGCCAAGCCACCACCUCCUCAGCCUGCCAGAUCCAAUAGCCCCUCCCACAAUAUACGCCAUGACUCCGCCCUCUGCAGUGAGCUCACCUCACCACUGGGGUGGCGACAGGGAGACAGAAUGCCCUGAUCGGAGGGGGAGAAAAACAGAAGAAUAGGUCUAUUGGAAUUAGUGUGGAUAUGAAAAGGGUGAAAAUGCACAAAAUAUGUACUCCUAUGGUAGGACAUGUGCGUACAUUUAUUUGUUACGUUCCAGUGAGGUACUAGUUUUUUUUUGUCUGAGUAGUAUUCUUGGAAUAAAACACAAGGAUAAAAGAAGGACUCAAGAAGGCAGUGUUUCCAAGAUUGCGUGUUGUGGAAUAGAUCUUCGCCUUUGCAUGUCUUCCUGAAAGUCUUUGUUUCUGUUACGGUACGUAUGGAGGGAUUAACAGCCAAUGUACUGUGAGCAUGGAAAAAUAACAAACAUUUGAUUGAACAGAAUGAAUAGUUGUCUGUGUGUAUCAUGUCCAAAAUAAAACAUGUUCAGUAUUACAACAUUUAAAAGAUUUAAGGAAAUACAGCUACAUACAUAAACACCAUGGAAUCACAAAUGUCUGGUAAAUGCACUACAUGGCCAAAAGUAUAUGGACACGCCUUCAAAUUAGUUGAUUUGGCUAUUUCAGCCAAACCCGUUGCUGACAGAUGUAUAAAAUUGAGCACACAGCCAUGCAAUCUCCAUAGACAAACAUUUGCAGUAGAAUGGCCUUACUGAAGAGCUUAGUGACUUUCAACGUGGCACCAUCAUAGGAUGCCACCUUUCCAACAAGUCAGUUCGUCAAAUUUCUGCCCUGCUAGAGCUGCCCCGGUCAGCCGUUAUUGUGAAGUAGAAACAUCUAGGAGCAACAACGGCUCAGCUGUGAAGUGGUAGGCCACCAGCUCACAGAACGGGACCGCCAAGUACUGAAGGACGUAGCUUGUAAAAAUCAUCUGUCCUUGGUUGCAACACUAACUACCGUGUUCCAAACUGCCUUUAGAAGCAACAGCACAAGAACUGUUCGUUGGGAGCUUCAUGAAAUGGUUUUCCAUGGCCUCACACAUGCCUAAAAUCACCAUGCGCAAUGCCAAGUGUCGGCUGGAGUGGUGUUAAGCUCGCCGCCAUUGGACUCUGGAGCUGUGGAAAUGCAUUCUCUGGAGCGAUUAAUCACGCUUCACCAUCUGGCAGUCCGACGGACGAAUCUGGUUUUGGUGGAUGCCAGGAGAAAGCUACCUGCCCGAAUGCAUAGUGCCAACUGUAAAGUUUGGUGGGUGAGGAAUAAUGGUCUGUGGCUGUUUUUCCAUGGUUUGUGCAAGGGCCCUUAGUUCCAGUGAAGGAAAAUCUUAACUCUACAGCAUAUAAUGGCAUUCUAGACGAUUCUGUGCUUCCAACUUUGUGGUAACAGUUUGGGGAAGGCCCUUUCCAGGGCUUAGUGCACAAAGCAAGGUCCAUACAGAAAUGGUUUGUCGAGAUUGGUGUGGAACUUGCCUGCACAGAGCCCUGACCUCAACCCCAUCAAACAUCUUUGGGAUGAAUUUGAACGCCGACUGCAAGCCAGGCCUAAUCGCCCAACAUCAGUGCCCGACCUCACUAACGCUCUUGUGGUGGAAUGGAAGCAAGUCCCUGCAGCAAUGUUCCAACAUCUAGUGGAAAGCCUUCACAGGAGAGUGGAGGCUGUUAUAGCAGCAAAGGGGGGACCAACUCCAUAUUAAUGGCCAUGAUUUUGGGAUGAGAUGUUCGACGAGUGGGUGUCCACAUACUUUUGUAGUGUAUAUAUUUUAGGUUUCCAAUUCCAAGGACCUCACUAGUUGAAAUGCAAAGCGAGUUUUGAUUUGAGGGGAUUUGCAGUUGUCUUACUUCUAUCCUCUUUCAUUCUUUCCCUGUUGUCGUGAUACGUGUUUAAUCCCCUAGAGUUGAUGUCCGCACCCCUGCGGAAAUCUAAUUAACAUAAUAAAAACAUCCCCAUCAAAAUCUCUGUUUUACAUGAAGGUGAGGUGUGUCACAUACAGAGACAUCACAAUAACUAUUCUUAUCUACGACUUUGGUAUAUAGCAUCCUCACCAAUACAGUAACUGUGGGGUUAGGCUCUCUUAACUUGACCCAAUGCAACCGUCGCCUGGUCCCAGAUCUGUUUGUGCUGUCUUGACAAACUCCAGUAUGGUCAGCGAAAGACAGCACAAACUGAUAUUAGACCAGGCUACUGCAUCCUUACUCUCUAGUGCCCAUUCGCUAGGGUCAUUUACUUAUGCAGUACUUAACUUGGAGAAAAGCGUGAGAGUUGAAAGUGCAUAGGUCACAUAUAGCCUGGUUUCAGAUCUGUUUGUGCUGUCUUGCACAUUGUUUGGCAUGACAAUGACCAUAGGAGUUGGCAAGACGGCACAAACUUAUCUGGGACCACGCUAGUGAAGCCAGUGUGUAUUUAGUGCCAUUCUACUAAUGUCCACAUGAAAAUUAUUUGAUCUUAUCUAGUGGAUAUUUCUAUAACUCUUAAAAGGUUUCAGUUACCCCUCAAAAAUAGUUGUGUAUUAGGUCUUCCUGCUCAUACUUGUACUCAUUGUUCAUUUCAGUUUAUGCUGUCUUCACUUGUCUACUAUUGUACUUCUGAUCUUGGGAUAUUUUCCUUUUUGCGUGUGUGUAAAUUGCUAUGAACAGUUGAAUGAAAAUUGAUUAUUAUUAUUACACAUAGGUAAGAAAAGCAAAUUUUCCAAUGUGCUCAAUAGGAUUAACGUGCUAACACAAUCAUGUGCUAACGAGUACUGUACCUGCCAUACUGUAAUACCAUUUACUAGUCCUGACACCCAGUGGGUGUGGGUACUGUAGUUUAACUGUGCCAAAGGCACAUUCCUUUCCUGGUAUGAUGGUGUAAAAUACAUAAUUCUUAAUGAAGCCAUCCAUUAUGGCUGUUAACAAGAGAUGGUGUUAAAUUAAUAUAUCAAUAUACCAGUUGAAAUGGAGAAUGUGUCCUUUAUUCUUACUUCUGGAGCAGGGAUGAUACCAGCAAACUUGUACUAAUGAUAGUGGUUGGGCAGCGUGUCCACCUUUACACACAGCAGCCCAUGUUCUCUAGGCUAUAGUGCUUCCAGAAGUAGGCUGUAGUGCCACCUUGUGCUUCUCUCACUGCCACCGACACAGUCACGAGCCAUUCAUAGGAGUCUGUGCAACGACACAUGCACAGUACACACGGUACACAAACACAGCGUGCACUGUAAAAUGUUUCACAUUAAGAAUUGCAACUUGUUGAAAGGGAAUGUCUAACAAUCCAAGACUGUGUAUAGCAUACUGUAUGUAAAGAAAGGGAUGGAAGAUGUAAGGAUGUUCUUUACUAUACUGCUUUGGGUGCUUGGUUAUCCAAUGCAUUCCACUGUAGUGCGAUGAAUGAUAUGAGGAAGGGUUGACUCCAGUGUGAAUCCACUCAAAUGAUGGACAAUUCAAGUGCAAACAGGUCAAUCCAAAACAAUGAAAAUACCUGCUGUUUUGUGAUGGUGCAAAACAGGGAACACUGUGUUCAGUAGGCACGAAAUGGAAAAACGCUUUGUCUACAUCAUUCAAGAUAACAUCAUCCUAAUGGCAAAUGCAAUGGGAAUGUAUACCUGCUUUGGCUGAGACCUAAGCGUUAGUUUCCCCUGUCAUUGAACUGAGUGCAUACUCCAUCUCACCCCUGAGUUAACUAAAGUAGAGUAUGCCUUAAGUAAGAUAUUUAUUGCCAGUGGUAUGUUUUAAUUUAUUUGAAAAAAUGGGUAUGCAUUUUAACAUGGACACAGAGGGCAACACUUUUACAUCUGUGAAACUGCACCGGAAUAUUACAGUACUCACAAUAUUUUGAGUUUAGUGCCGUUUUGUGGAUGUAUAAGGUUGUCCAUAGUCUAUUUUUAUUCAGACACUUAUUAUGAUUGCAAAGAAGAUGUGAUCAAUUUCAGUAUGUAACAAUGUUAUUGUUCUGUGUAGUGUAUCAUGUCUACUGUCUAAAUAUCAGAGGUCUGAAUUAAAAGAUGUGAUGCAAGUUCCAGGAAAAAUAUGCACAUCCAAUGGUCAGGUGCUGUCUGGAAAAAAACGAAACUAAAUAAAAUAAAACAAUGUCAGCAACUCUGUAA